AUGGGUUCCCACGGCGGCAGAACCACCAAGCUAGCCUUGGUACCGCUCCCCAAAGGCUCCGUCUUACUUCCUGGAGUGACUCUCCGCAUUCCGGUCUCCAACCGACCCGAUAUCGCGAAUCUCCUGACCACCGUGCUGGACCGCUCUCCCGCAGCGAAACGCGAUGGGAGUAUCGUCACCUUCGGAUGCAUUCCUCUCAGCUCCCCGUAUCUCAGCAAAGAUGGCCAGCGGGUCAUCGAUGAUGGGACCCUGGAGGAGGACAAGCGGGAGGAGUACGAGAUGAUUGAUGCGGGACAGGCGCGCAAGGAGGACCUCUUCCGGUAUGGCACCGUGGGCAAGGUGAUCGGCAUUCAACGCCGUGCCUACGCAGAGCCAUCCCUCCUGGUUCAGGGAAUCCAGCGCUUCACCCUCAAACGAGUCCUCAAGGAACGGCCGUUCUUUGAGGCCGAAACCAUCAUCCAUGACGAUAAAGUCAUCAACGACACUGAGACGGUCGACCUGUUUCAACAGCUAAGACAGCUUUCGAAGGAGCUAUUGACUCUUCUGCGACUGUCCUCCCUUCUGCCCUCUGCGGGAACCCGUCUAUCGCCCAUCAUCGCUCGUAAAUUCGAGAUCUUCAUCACCAAGUCUGAUAUUUCCCACGCAGGUAGACUGGCCGACUUCAUGGCCGAUGUUGCCGACUCGGGUUUUGAGGAGAAGCUCCGCAUUCUGGCCUCGUUCGAUGUCCGAGCCAGGCUAGCAGGCGCCAUCGAGAUUCUGAGUCGGCAGGUACAGAACAUCAAGAGCAACGUCAAAGUCACGACCAUCACUACCAAUACAUUCCCCGGGUCUUCAUUUGAUAUCAGCCAGAUCGAUCCGCGCGAGCGGGAGCUGCUGGCCAAACGAGCAAUGGCAGGCCUGACGGGAUUGACGCCGCCGGGGAUGGCAAGCGGCCGGAACAACGACGGCGAUGAGAAAGAAGCGAACGAGGUUGACGAACUCCAACAAAGACUCAAUGAUGCUGAGCUUAGCCCUGAAGCCAGGAAAGUCGCGGAUAAGGAGUUGCGUCGUCUCCGGAAGAUGAACCCUGCGAAUGCAGAGUACGGUGUGUGCAGAAGCUACCUCGAGAAUAUCGCCGACAUUCCCUGGACCAAGGUCACCGAAGAUCAGCUUGGUCCUGAGACUCUGAAGAGAGCUCGCCAGCAAUUAGACGACGACCAUUACGGCCUGGAGAAGAUCAAGAAGCGGCUUCUCGAGUACUUGGCGGUGCUGCGUCUAAAGCAAACCUCUAACAAAGAUGUGCAACGCCAGAUCGAGAGCCUCACCCAGGAAUUGGAUGCUUCCGAUGCGGGCGACAUCGAAAAGGAUGUUCCGACUCUAUCAGAAGCAGACAGGGUUGCUCUUGAGACCAAGCUACACCUGUUGGAGUCCAAGCGCAUUGGCGACAAAUCACCGAUCCUUCUGCUUGCCGGCCCUCCGGGUGUCGGAAAGACGAGUCUGGCACGGUCCGUGGCUGCCUCUUUGGGUCGCAAGUUCCAUCGGAUAUCCCUGGGUGGUGUCCGGGACGAAGCAGAGAUCCGAGGUCAUCGGAGGACCUACGUUGCCGCAAUGCCUGGUUUGAUCGUCAAUGGUUUGAAGAAGGUCGGUGUGGCCAACCCGGUCUUCCUGCUGGAUGAGAUCGAUAAGGUGGGCGGAGCGAACUUCCAGGGCGACCCCUCAGCAGCCAUGCUCGAAGUCUUGGACCCCGAACAGAACCACACCUUCACCGAUCACUACAUCGGCAUCCCAAUUGACCUGAGCAAGAUUCUUUUCAUUGCCACGGCCAACUCGCUAGAGACCAUCCCCGCCCCGCUCCUCGACCGUAUGGAGACAAUACAGUUGUCCGGCUACACGAACAUCGAGAAGCGACACAUUUCCAAGAGACAUCUUAUUCCCAAGCAGGUCCGGGCCAACGGACUCUCUGAGGGCCAAGUCAUCUUAUCGGACGAGGUUCUCGACAAAGUCAUCACGUCGUAUACCAUGGAAUCUGGAGUACGGAACCUGGAGCGUGAAAUCGGCUCGAUCUGCCGGUCCAAGGCGGUGCAGUACGCAGAUGCGGGUGACGCAGGCCGACUGGAAGCGUACAAUCCCGUGGUGAGCCUCGAGGAUCUGGAGGAUAUUCUCGGCAUCGAGCGUUUCUACGAGGAACUGGCGGAGAAGCAUGGCCGGCCCGGCGUGGUCACGGGUCUCGUGGCCUUCUCCACCGGCGGCCAAGGCAGUAUCCUGUUCAUCGAAGUGGCUGAUAUGCCGGGCAACGGCAAUAUCCAGCUGACCGGUAACUUAGGCGGCGUUCUCCGCGAGAGUGUCGAAGUCGCUCUUACCUGGGUCAAAGCCCAUGCCUACGAGCUGGGACUGUCCGCGGAUCCCAACGAGGACAUCAUGAAGAACCGCAGCUUGCACGUGCACUGCCCGUCCGGAGCAGUUCCGAAGGACGGUCCUUCCGCCGGUCUCGCUCACACGAUCGGCCUGAUCUCGCUGUUCAGCGGCAAGCCUGUGCCUCCUAGCCUCGCCAUGACCGGCGAGAUUUCGCUGCGCGGGAAGGUGAUGCCGGUGGGCGGGAUCAAGGAGAAGCUGAUCGGAGCGCUGCGUGCGGGCGUGAAGACCGUCCUUCUGCCGCAACACAACCGGAAGGAUGUGAAGGAUGUACCGCAAGAGGUCAACGAGGGGUUGGAGAUCAUUUACGUCAAACACAUCUGGGAAGCCAUUCGACAGGUGUGGCCCGACGCUCACUGGCCGGGGCAACACCAGGCCAAUUUCAUCGAGAGCCGGCUGUAG